CUUAUAUGCGGCGAAUUCCAGGAGGGGGUCUCCCAUUCAACGACAUUUUCCAAAGUCUGGUAGUAAUUUCUUCCCUUUCAUUUCCACACCAUAAUUCACACGAGACUACUAUACGUAACAUCCAAUUUCAUUGUUCACAUAACACCACACUUCAUUCCUUAUUAUUCUUCCUAAGUUUUUAACAUUCUCGGUCCAGUUUCUCUCUCCAUGUAUCAUUCACCCUAAAGAUCUGAUCGCAGUCUUUUCAUUCAUUCUCAAAAUAUAUCUUUUUCCUUCAUCUCAAAUUUUAGGAAGCAAAACUUUCUUUCUUUUCAAGUUCGAACUACCUAGACCAUCCUGUUGCUAACACUUUUUCCUCGUUUUCACUGAGCGAGCAAAUAAUAUCCCCUCAGUAGACUGUUGGAAAUUUUGGCGGAGUAAUAUCACACUCUUAAUCAAUUAUAUUCUCUUGAAGACAAGUGAGAAAAGUAUUUUUCUUCAGCAGUGAGGAUCAGAGACUAACUAUUGAUCAAGAUAGAAUAUACAUUUAGCAAUUUGGAGUGAGGAUAUCGGCAUAAUGAUGUCGGGAGCAGGAAAUGGACAGCUUUCAGUUCCUCCAGGGUUUCGUUUCCAUCCCACAGAUGAGGAGCUUCUUUAUUAUUAUCUCAGGAAGAAAGUCUCAUACGAAGCAAUAGACUUGGACGUUAUUAGGGAAGUCGAUCUUAACAAACUUGAACCAUGGGACCUCAAAGAAAUAUGUAGAAUAGGAUCAGGUCCACAGAAUGAAUGGUACUUUUUCAGCCACAAGGAUAAGAAGUACCCAACAGGGACUCGAACAAAUAGAGCCACGACAGCUGGAUUCUGGAAGGCGACAGGGCGGGAUAAAGCAAUCUACCUUAGCAACUCCAAGAGGAUUGGGAUGAGGAAAACUCUUGUAUUUUACACCGGACGCGCACCUCAUGGCCAAAAGACUGACUGGAUCAUGCAUGAGUAUCGCCUUGAUGACAACACUGCUGAAGUUGAGCCAUUGCAGGAAGAUGGCUGGGUUGUUUGUAGGGUGUUCAAGAAAAAGAACUACACUAGAGGUUUCCAACACGAGUUGGGUGAAGAUGAUCAGGAGCAACAGUUACAUUUUGUGGAUCAUAUGAAGUCUGGCAGUUCUGAUCCAAAACAGAAUAUGCAACAACCUCAUCAACAAGCCUGCUACGACUAUGCGUCCAACUUUGAUGGUUCAAUGCACCUCCCUCAACUGCUAAGUCCAGACUUAUUAUCAGUCAAUCCAUGUCCUCAGCUUCCUUUGAAUGCGAACAUGAACCUUAAUGAAUGUUCGCAUCAGAACUUAUUGAGGCUAACAUCAGCAGCUGGAGCAGCAGGUUGUAGCAGCAGUACUUUCAAUAUUAUUCCUCAACACGACAAAUUUAGUGGCGAUUGGUCUUUCUUGGAUAAGCUUCUUGCUUCACACCAAGGCGCACUGCAAUCUCAAGCAGCUAUCGGUGAUCAUUUGGUUAAUCCCACAGGCACACAAAAAUAUCCAGUGUUCCAUCACCAUGGACUUGAUCCUGACCUUUUCAAAUUCUCUAAGUAGUAUAUAUACUACGGCCAGCGUUCUGUGGCUGUUCUGAAUUUUUUUUCUUUCAUUUUUUUUCUUGGGUUUAUUUCAGAGUUCUUUAAAUGUUAACCAGAAAACUUAAUCUCCUGUGUUGUGUUUAAAAGUACUUCAUUCAUUUUAUUGUUGUGUGUCGAAUUUGACU